GUUGGGCCGCCGGCCGUCCUUCGUGGGGUCCCUGGUGCUGGCGGUGCCGCUGGGGCUCAGCGUGGCACUGGCCGUGGAUUUCGUCAUGGUGCUGGUCACACGGCUGCUGUUCGGGGCCGCGCUGGCGGGCGCGUUCCUCUCCCUCUACGUGGCACGGCUGGAGCUGUGUGACCCCCCACACCGGCUGGGCGUGACGAUGGUGGCCGGGUUCUUCUGGAUCGCCGGGGAGCUGCUGCUGCCGGGCCUGGCCGUGCUGUGCCGGGACUGGCGGGUGCUGCAGGGGGCCGUCACCAUGAUCCUGGCUCUGCUGGCUGCCUGCUGGUGGUGCCCGGCGCUGCUGCUGGAGUCACCGCGCUGGCUGCUGGCGACGCGGCAGGUGGAGCGGGCCAGGAAGACCCUGCAGGCGCUGGCCCAAAGCAGCAGCUGUGACGAGGGCUCCUGCUGGCGCGGAAGCCUCGCGGCGGAGCUGGAGGCCCUGGCUGAGGCGUCCCCGCAGCCCCGGUACCACACGGUCUGCGAGAUCUUCGGCACCAGGGUCAUCUGGAGGAACGGCGUCAUCCUCGGCUUCACGGCGUUCAUCGGCUCGGGCAUCCGCCACUGCUUCACCCGCAACCUGACCCCGCACCUGCCGCGCUUCUUCUCCUCCUACUUGGUGCUGGUGGGCACCGAGGCGGCCGCCUGCCUCUUCCUGUGCCUGACGGCCGAGCGCUUCGGGCGCCGCGCCGUCCUGCUGCUCUGCACCGUCCUCACCGGCAUCUCCUCCCUCCUGCUGCUGGCCCUCACCCAGUACCUGCUGGAGCUCAUUGUCCUGACACUGUCCGUGGUGGGCAUCACCGCCUCCCACGCCGUCACCAUGCUCAGCAUCUUCUUUGCCAGCGAGGUUCUCCCCACCGUGGUCAGAGGAGCCGGGCUGGGUCUCAUCAUGGGGGCCAGUUUCGUGGGCAAGGCGGCCGCCCCCAUCACGGCCAUCCCCAACAGCCGCGGCUUCUUCCUGCACCACGUGGUCUUCGCCUCCUUCGCCAUCCUGGCCGUGCUCAGCAUCAUGCUGCUGCCCGAGAGCCAGGGCCGGGGCCUGCCCCAGUCCCUGCAGGACGGCGAGACCCAGCACCGGCCCCCCCCUCUUCCACCGGCCCCCUCCUGAGGACCACCUGCCCCUCCUCGCCCCCCACGCCAUCCCCCACGACUACUCCCACCUCACCCCCUCCACCAAGAGGGGGCUCAACUCCCCGGCU